AGCCGCUCCGCCUCAGGGUGACCCAGUUUAAUUGACUUAUCUCCACAAGCAACGGCUGAUUGCCUCUGUUGCUCACAGACAGAUCAUCCCUGCUCAUACAGGACAAGAAAGAAGAAGGAUACUGCAGCCCUACCUCAGGAAGAGCCUUCCGUUUCUAAGUGCAACUAAAUAGCAGAGGUUUCUUUUCUUAGAUUAAAUAAGUGUGUUAAGUGGCCUAGAAAGCUAAAGGGCCAUAAAUUCACAUCACCAAUGGGUAACUCCAAGAGCGGCGCUGUCUCCAAGGAGAUCCUUGAGGACCUGAAACUCAACACAAAGUUCUCAGAGACUGAAAUCGCCCAGUGGUAUGACAACUUCAAGAGGCAGUGUCCGACAGGACGCAUCUCAAAACUGGAGUUUGAGGGUAUCUACAAAAAGUUCUUCCCAGAAAGUGACGCCCAAACAUAUGCCCAGCACGUCUUCCGCUCCUUCGACACAAAUGAUGAUGGCACACUGGACUUCAAGGAGUACAUCAUUGCUCUCCACAUGACAUCAACAGGGAAGACCACAAGAAAAUUGGAGUGGGCCUUUUCACUCUUCGACGUGGACAAGAACGGAUACAUCACCAAGUCAGAGGUUAAAGAAAUCUGUGCGGCUAUUUUCAAGCUGAUUCCUGCAGAUGAGCUGGCUACUCUACCUGAGGAUGAAAACACAGCUGAAAAGAGGGCAGACAAACUCUGGAAAUUCUUUGACAAGGGUGAAAAUGAUCGAGUAGCAGAAGGAGAGUUUAUCCAGGGAGUGUUGGAAAAUGAUGACGCCCUUCGUUUGAUUCAGUAUACACCUGGGAAGUAACUUUUUGACAGAUUCAUGUACCCCUCUCCAUUAAUGUCAUUUCCACUUAACAUUUUACUCAGCUGAUACAAUAUCACCUGACUGCAUCUUCACAAAAUGUGGACACAGCACAUGAGACGAUAAAACCCCACUGCUAAAUAUAAAAUAACGAUGCAGAAUUUCCUCAAAGGUUUUCAAACAUUUCUUACUGAUCUUCUAUUUCAAACAGAAAAUAAAAUAAUGUUUAAAACUAAGGGUUCACUACUGUCUGUCUACCAUGAGGUAGAUGGCAUUAUUGAUCAAUAAACGUGGCCUAGCUGAGACUUUCCGACAAAUAAAAAAAAUGCAUAUUUUGCUAAAAUAAGCCUAUUCGUAAAAGUUGCAAGAAAGAAGGCAAAAACAGCAUUAGAGGAACUGAUAAAAAAUGUAAUAUGUAAUUUCACAUGUCACUUGCUUGUGUUAAAGUGGCAAUAACAUUUCAGUGUUUAGUGUACUCUGCCUUUAUCAUAGCACUGAGAUUCCGUUUCAAAUUAGAAUUUAUAUUGUUUCUUGCUUUGGACAUCGGUAGCCAUGUUGCUAACAAUGUAUGACAAAAUAGAUUGUGAAAGAACAAUAAUUGCGUUGUUUGUAGCUCUAAGGAACAAAGAAAGAGACCAGACAGUGACACAAACAAAACCCACUUAGAAACAUCCCGGGGAAAUAUUGAUCUUUUUCUGCGUUGAGGUGUUGUCUCUCUUUUUAGCCUGGGAUGUUUUUUUAAAACCCUGUCCAACAUGUAAGUGCAGCAACUGUACCCUUCUUAUUCUUGUCUUAAAUGGUGUUUAAUUUGUCCAUGUGGCACAAUCGUACAUGUUUGGUACUUUAGUUAACUGGUGGACACUGGAAAAUAGGUUUGUUCAUGUAAAACAACAUGUAAAACUGAGUGUUGGUUCUGGAUUUACUCAAUAAAUUAAACAAAAUGAAAACUUU